AUGGCAUUUUGUAUCCGGUAUUAUAACUUUACUCAAUCUGAUAUAGUUACAGAUUUCUUAGGAUUCGUUGAAAUUGAAAAAGCUACCGCAGAUAUAUUGAAGAAUAUAUUCAUAAAAUUCCUUGAACAGUCAAAAUUAAAUAGUAAAAAUCUUAUGGGGAUUGGUACAGAUGGUGCUAGCAACCUUUGUGGUAGAAACCAUUCGCUAUUUACUCUUCUCAAGGAAUCUGUUCUAAAUGUUGUGCUAGUCAAAUGUAUUUGCUACUCUUUAAAUUUAUGUGCGGCCAAAGCAUGCAAAGAACUUCCUUCAACGUUGGAAUUUCUGAUUCGAGAAUCCCGGAACUGGUUUUCACACAGUUCAUUGAGGCAAAUCACAUACCAGUCUUUGUUCGCAGCAUUAUACGAUGGAAAAAAGCCUCCCAAGCUGGUUCAACUAUCUACUACCCGGUGGUUGGCGUAG